AUGGACCACGGUGAGGGGAAGCCUAUGGGACAUUAUAAGGUCAACCUACUAAACGGUUGGUGUGACUGUGGAAAGUUUCAGGCAUACCGUGUUCCUUGCUCACAUGUUAUCGCUGCAUAUUCUAAUGUGCGCCACGACGCUUAUGCUCUUUUGUCCGACGUUUACAGGGUUGCAAACCUGUUUGGGGUUUACAACACAAGCUUUCCAGUGCUUCCAUACGAUGAAUAUUGGCCCAUUUAUGAAGGAGAUCAAAUUUUCCAUAACCCAAGAAUGCGGAGGAACAAGAAAGGUCGCAUAGUAAGCACGCGUAUUAGAACGGAAAUGGAUAAAGUUGAUAAGUUUGAGAGAAAAUAUUCCAUGUGUCGUCAAACUGGUCACAACCAAACCCGAUGUCCCAAUGUGGGAACAAGUAAUCGUUAG